AUGGAAAGAAAAAAAUCCAGAAAAGGUUACAAUGACUACUCUAAGAAAAGAAAGCGAACUCGUUUAAGAUCUUUGCUCAAAAUAAAUGAUGAUAAUAUAACAGUGACAAUGAUGAUAGAUUACAUCAGCAAUUGGAUAUCCAAGAGAUUGAAAUUGAAAAUCAUCGCAAUGUCGUUGAACAGCAAGAAUUAAUUCAUGAUUUUAUCAACGACAACGACAACGACAAUGCCAACAUUGAACCAGAGGAAUUAAUUAAUAAUAUAAAUAAUGACAACAAUGCCAACAUUGAACCAGAGGAAUUAAUUAAUAAUAUAAAUAAUGACAGCAAUGCCAACAUUGAACCAGAGGAAUUAAUUAAUAAUAUAAAUAAUGACAGCAAUGCCAACAUUGAACCAGAGGAAUUAAUUAAUAAUAUAAAUAACGACAACAAUGCCAACAUUGAACCAGAGGAAUUAAUUAAUAAUAUAAAUAACGACAACAAUGCCAACAUUGAACCAGAGGAAUUAAUUAAUAAUAUAAAUAACGACAACAAUGCCAACAUUGAACCAGAGGAAUUAAUUAAUAAUAU